AUGUCUUUGUUCAACAAACUCUCCACCACAUCAUUAUCCAAGACCUUCUCUAUCAGGUCUCAGUCAUCCUCAAAGUCAGAAGAAAUGGGUUCAGGCCACAGCAGACCCAGCAGAUCCAGUAGACACGGCAAUGCCAUCUCGAGAGGAUUCAGCGACAACAACACGGUGUCUGGAAGCGUGAGACCACCGUACCCAGACGGCAUGUACUCAUCACCAGCGAAGUCACGACAACCCGAUGUCUGGGGCCCCCCUCCUUACACUCCAGCACCAGCCCCAUCACAGACACCAUACAGCCCAGACUCUGUCCAGAAUCCUCCUUAUCCUGUCAAUGACGCUCCUCUACCAUCCUCUUUUACGACUGGAAACCGACCUGUGGAUGACUCUCAAUACUCAUUCCUAGCCAAAUUCGACACCAUCUUCCUUGUCGACGACAGCGGUAGUAUGGCAGGCCGAUCCUGGAAGGAAGCGGAAGCAGCUAUUGCCGCCAUCACCCCGAUCUGCACACAAUACGACCCGGACGGCAUCGAUAUUUUCUUUUUGAAUCACUACAGCGCCUUCGACCGAAGCGGUGGAUACCCCAACAUCAGCUCCCCAGGCGCCGUCCAGGAGAUCUUCCGCAACGUACGACCAGGGGGCAUGACGCCCGUCGGACAGCGUCUACGACAAAUCCUCUUCCCUUAUCUACGACGAAUCGAAAAGAUGGCCGCCAAUACAGAUGAAUACGGUAAUCUUCUCAACCCUGCAUUGGCCGUCCGACCCAUCAACAUCAUCGUAAUCACAGACGGCGCGUUUAGCGAUGACGCAGAAAGCGUCAUCCUCAACGCAGCCCGAACGCUAGAUCGAUGCCAAACUAUCCCCUGGCAGAUCGGUAUCCAAUUCUUCCAGAUCGGCACGGAUAUAGCGGCCCAGAAACACCUGGAGCAGUUGGAUGAUGAGUUGGGCAAGGCUGUGAAGAGUGACCAUGUUAGAGAUAUUGUGGAUACGGUGCCAUGGAAGGGCCAGACGGGCAGGACUCUUUCGGGGGAUGGGAUUUUGAAGGUUGUGCUGGGGGCUGUGAAUAAGAGGCUUGAUCGGCAAAAGGGGCAUUCUUAG